CUGAGCGCGACGCACCGCGUCCCGGCACCAGCGCCAUGGCGCCCAGCGGCAAGGUGGCAGUAGUGCUGUGCCUGGAUGUAGGCCUUACAAUGAGCAGUUCUUCCCCUGGUGAAGAUUCUUCACUUGACCAAGCCAAGAAGAUUAUGACAAAGUUUGUGCAGAGACAGGUUUUUGCUGAGAGUAAAGAUGAAGUUGCUGUAGUUCUGUUUGGCACUAAUGGCACUAGAAAUGGCCUUGCCAGUGAGGAUCAAUACCAAAACAUCACUGUACAUAGAUCACUAAUGCUGCCAGAUUUUGAUCUGCUGGAAGACAUUCAAAAUGUGAUUAAAGCAGGCUCUGCACAAGCAGACUUUCUGGAUGCUAUUAUUGUGUGUAUGGACUUGCUUCAGAAAGAAACAAUAGGAAAGAAAUAUGAGAAGAGACACAUUGAAUUGUUUACAGACCUUAGUAGUCCUGUCAGUGAGGAUCAGCUGGAAAUUAUCAUUGCUAACUUGAAGAAAACAGGAACUUCAAUUCAGUUUUUUCUGCCAUUCCCAGUGAGUGUUGAUGAUGGAAGUGGAGAUAAAAGUGCCAGUGUACAUGCUCAUAUGCACAAAAACUCUUUUCCAAUAAAGGAUUUAACUGAACAACAAAAGCAAGGCGUUGAUGUGGUGAGGAAGCUCAUGUAUACUUUGGAUGAAGAAGGAGGGCUGGAAGAAAUUUAUACUUUCAGAGAGAGCCUGGAACGCCUUUCAAUGUUUAAGAAAGUGGAAAGGAAGCCAAUGCCUUGGCCCUGCCAGCUCACUAUUGGUCCUAAUUUGUCUAUAAGGAUUGUGGCCUACAAAUCAGUCACAGAAGAGAGGGUGAAAAAACUUUGGGCAAUUGUGGAUGCUAAAACCCUCAGAAGAGAGGAUGUGCAAAAAGAGACUGUUUACUGCUUGAAUGAUGAUGAUGAGACAGAGGUUCAGAAAGAUGAUACUAUUCAAGGUUUUCGGUAUGGGAGUGAUAUAGUUCCUUUUUCCAAGGAAGAUGAAGAGCAAAUGAAAUACAAAACAGAAGGAAAGUGUUUUUCUGUUUUGGGAUUCACCAGAUCCUCACAGAUCCAGAGGCAUUACUACAUGGGCAACCAAGCUCUGAAGGUCUUUGCAGCAAAGGAUGAUGCGAAUGCAGCAGUUGCUUUUUCUGCACUUGUUCGUGCAUUGGAUGAGUUGAAAGUGGUGGCUGUAGUGCGCUAUGCUUAUGAUAGAAGAUGCUAUCCACAAAUUGGAGUAGCUUUUCCAUAUAUUAAGGAUACAUAUGAGUGUCUCAUCUAUGUGCAGCUACCCUAUAUGGAAGACUUAAGACAGUAUGUAUUUUCAUCCUUGAAAAACAGUAAAAAAUGCAUUCCUACAGUGGAUCAGUUAUCUGCUGUUGACUCACUGAUUGAUUCUAUGAAUUUGGUUCAUGAAGAUGGAGAAACUUUUGAGGAUCUAUUUAAGCCCAGCAAAAUUCUAAACCCUCACUUUCAGAGAUUAUAUCAGUGUUUGCAGCACAAGGCUUUUCACUCUGAUAAGCCACUGCCACCAAUAGAACAGCAUCUUUUAGAAAUGCUAGAGAUGCCUUGUGUGGUAAGAGAAAGGUGUCAGGCUCCUCUGGAAAGAGUAAAAGCACUUUUCCCCCUGAAGGAAGUUGGCAAGAAAAAAGAAGAGAAGACUGCACAAGACAUCUUCAAAGACAAUGAAGAUGAACCCAGCCUUAAGAAACCAAAAAUUGAAGAUGAGGAAGAGGGCUUUAGCCUUAUGAAACUUGCUGAAGGCAAUAUCACCUCUGUAGGCAGUGUUAACCCAGCAGAAGAUUUCCGAAUUCUGGUGAGGAAGAAAAAUGCUGACUUCAAAGAUGUGAGUCAGCAGUUGAAAAACCGCAUUGAUCAGUUCUUGGAAAACAAAGGUUCCCAGUACUACAUGAAAGGGAUCGACUGUAUCAGAGCUUUUAGAGAGGAGGCCAUGAAGCUGUCCAAGGUGCAGUGCUUUAAUGACUUUCUGCAGGCACUGAAAUCAAAGUUGGAAGAUAAAGCCUUAUCUGAUUUCUGGGAGAUCAUGGUACAAGAAAGGAUUUCUUUGAUCACUAAAGAUGAAGCGGAAGGAAGUUUGGUGACAGGUGAAGAGGCUGAGAAGUUCUUGGCUCCAAAGGAACAGAAAAAUGAAACUCUGCCUCCUACAGAUGAAGGUGGUGAUGUUGAUGAUCUGCUGGACAUGAUGUGACCAGUGAUAUAUGGUGACUGUAGAAGCAAAGUUUUGGAAGAGAUGGCUCUGUGAGAUGGGGCCCAAAAAAAGAUCUUAAUGAGAAGACAGUACAUCCAUCUUUAUUUUUUCAAAUGAGAACAGAAAUCCCAGAAACGUUUCCAGCUGGUAUAAAUGGCAUCUGACUUUCAAAACUAGAACAGAAGAUUGAAAUUGUCUGAAGUAUUUGGGCAGUAAUGGUACCUUUGAGGGAUCUUUUUUUUUUCUUUUCUUUAAGACUGAAUUUAGCUUGUCCUUUGUAUUGCUUUUAGCUGAACACUACUAAAUUUAAUGAGAAUCUGUUCUGGUGCCUGAAAUUCCUGUUGCAUUGUGUGGGAAGAAAGACAGAAAUGUCACAGCAAGGUUACCAGGUAGUACUGAAUAUUUAGUGGAAGUAACCCUAUAGAUUUAUUGUUACAGAAGUGAAAAAGUAUCUUAUUUUCAUGCUUUAAAAAAACCAACCAACCAACUCAAAUAAACACAAAACAAGAUAGAGCAAAAAAACCAACAAAGCACCAUGAAAAACACCACAGAGGCUUGUGGGAAAAAAUUCUAGGUCAGGGACUCACAAGUUAAUAGUUUGAAAUACACAACAGAAUCUGAAGCACACAGCAGAGCCAGGUGUGCUGAUUUUGCCACACUGACCCCUGAUCAGUAAUUAUGGUCUUCUCUGCACUACAGGUUCUCUAUCCUGUCAGCUCAGCAGCAGCCCAAGGUCUCUGUCCCUUUCUGUGACACAUUUUCCUGUUUCAGGGGCUGGUAUUUUUGAUUUUUUAGACUUGUAACUAGUAUGGUUACUGUAGAUGCUCCUGGUGCUGAAAGGAGAACGAAUCAGUUCUGUGUCCACUCCAUACACUGCUGGGAACUGCUCACCCAGAGCAGGAGAGUCCCUCAGGGCUGUACACUGACAGCUGGGAUGGGUAAGUGAUAAUAGUUAACACUGCUAACCAGGAUGGAGUAAUGUCUGCACAGAGCAAUCCAAACUAGUGAAAUACUGCUUAGAAAGAGACAUUCAAGUCUGAUUGCAGAGCUGAAGAGACAGUAAUGACACCUUCACACAUGCUUGUCUCUUAGAACCAGAUUCAUCCCUUUAAAAGCUGGUGCUUCAUUAUUAUAAAUGUAUAAAUGUACUGUGCAAAAUGGUAUUAAGAUCACAAAAAAAAAGGAAAAAUAAUGAUCUGUAGUUGCAAAAUGUUGUGGAAUAUUUGCACUUUAUAUUGGCCAACAGCUUUUAUGUGGGAAAUAGCAAUUGGUUUUUGCCCCUACUUCCUUAUACAGCAACCUAUUUUCUCCUGUCUUACAUCCUAUCCUGGCUAAGUGGAAAGCAUUUCUCAAAUGCAGAUGGCAGGGAGCAAGUGAUUUUUGCAGACCUUUAUAGCUUUUGUAUCACCAGAAGAUAUUUUUCUCAACUGUAAAUAAGGAUUAUUUGAUCGGUGAUUUAAAGGCCAAUAUAUGGAGUAUGCUGGCUGAGGAUUUCUUAUACACUUUUUUUGUUUAAUAAAAGUAUUUUAAAGGUCAGGUUUUGUCUUCAGAGCCAUGUUUGCUAUAAUCAGGUGACUACUUAUGCAGUGCCUAAAGGAAACUAUCAAAAGCCCCUUUUCUGGGCCUACAAUGCAAACAUUGAAUAUCAAAAUCCCUCCACAGAAGCAGAGUAUACUUAUCCUAUUCUUUAUGAACCCUAAACUUUGCAACACCCCAGUAAAGUAGUUUUUACUAUAUAGUAGUGAUGAUGAGAAAAUCUUGGGUCAAGACCACACAGAAUAUAGAACCUGGUGACCAGAAUAUGGAGUUACUUUGUUUCUUUUGGUUUAGUUGACCACAUUUCUAGAGUGGAUUGCUUUUGUCAAGGACUAUACAUUUAGUUCAUGGAGAAUUGCUGCAUAGAUCUUGCUACCUGUACAGCACAAUAUGUCCAGGUAGGCUCAGUGUGGUGAUUGAGUUGCUAGUACUGAGAAGAGGAAUGAGAAUUUAUGACUCAAAAUAAAUAAAAGUGAAUUCUUGGAAGGCAAGAAAAGCAUCUUUCAUUCUGCCCAGGCUUCUGAGUUCAGUCUUCAGAAGCUUCUGAUCUUGGUGAGGUCUAUCACAUCAGCAGCCUGAUUUUAUAUUUGUUCUUUGGCAAAGGGCCAGCUUUCAGGUUCUCAUUCAAUGACUGAAAGAGAUCUUGCAUUUAGAUCGAGUUCACAUUUUCAGUUACAAAGUGUCACCUACUGUUUGGUGGGCUGACGCACUGUUUACAUUGAGAAUUCUCAUUUUCAAUUGCCACACUGCCCAGUCCUCAGAAGCAUUAGAGCAGUUAGUUGUAUGCUUUAAAGGAAACAUAAAGUGCAUUUGUUUUCCUGCCAGCAGCAGCACAUCCCUUGUAAUGUACUUUAUAGGCAGAGAAAUUAUCAGAGUGUCUACAGAAAAGAAGACUGUAAAGACUUCUCUUCCUUAAUUAGAAGAGGAGUGUGGACUAAAAAAGAAAUAUUUUGCAGUGUGGACCUUGGGAGGUGGAGAAUAUCCAAAAGUAUUAUACCAGAAAGGGUAAGUACGAUGUGAGGGAGCUGGGACCAUAGCAUGGAACUGAGAGUACUCCAGAGAAAAGGACAAAAUGCUGGGUUUGGGAGUCAUAGAGGAAGAGUAAGACUGUUCUGGUUACAAUAUUCUGUGAACCUGUAAGUGUCUAGGCUGUAUCAAUUCUGCACAAAGCAUUUUGCUCCGUCACUGGGUAAGGGGGUCUGCUACCUGUUAUGUAAUUCUCAAGUUUGGUCUCAUUCCUUUUGUACUCAGAAACCAAAUUUGUCCUCUUGGACAGUUGUCAAUAUGCCACAGUAAUAAAAAAUAACUUCCAGAAUGUUA